ACGCGCUCCCCAAGAGCGAAGGCAAACAGCUGUGGAGGCGCUGCCCAGGGCUCAGGCUUCCCAACAGGUCAGUCCAUGGUAUUCCGCUCCCCCCUAGACCUCUAUUCCUCCCACUUCUUGUUGCCAAACUUCGCCGAUCCUCAUCACCGCUCCCUACUUCUGGCGAGUAGCGGCGGCGGGAACGGCGCGGGCGGCGGCGGUGCUGGCGGAGCGGGCGGCGGCGGCGGCGGCUCCAGGGCCCCCCCGGAAGAGUUGUCCAUGUUCCAGCUGCCCACCCUCAACUUCUCGCCGGAGCAGGUGGCCAGCGUCUGCGAGACGCUGGAGGAGACGGGCGACAUCGAGCGGCUGGGCCGCUUCCUCUGGUCGCUGCCCGUGGCCCCCGGGGCGUGCGAGGCCAUCAACAAGCACGAGUCGAUCCUGCGCGCGCGCGCCGUGGUCGCCUUCCACACGGGCAACUUCCGCGACCUCUACCACAUCCUGGAGAACCACAAGUUCACCAAGGAGUCCCACGGCAAGCUGCAGGCCAUGUGGCUCGAGGCGCACUACCAGGAGGCCGAGAAGCUGCGCGGCCGCCCGCUCGGCCCGGUGGACAAGUACCGCGUGCGCAAGAAGUUCCCGCUGCCGCGCACCAUCUGGGACGGCGAGCAGAAGACGCAUUGCUUCAAGGAGCGGACUCGGAGCCUGCUGCGGGAGUGGUACCUGCAGGACCCCUACCCCAACCCCAGCAAGAAACGCGAACUGGCCCAGGCCACCGGCCUCACUCCCACACAAGUAGGCAACUGGUUUAAGAACCGGAGGCAGCGCGACCGCGCCGCGGCGGCCAAGAACAGGCUCCAACACCAGGCCAUCGGACCCAGCGGUAUGCGUUCGCUGGCCGAGCCCGGCUGCCCCACGCACGGCUCGGCAGAGUCGCCGUCUACGGCGGCCAGCCCCACCACCAGCGUGUCCAGCCUGACCGAGCGCGCGGACACCGGCACCUCUAUCCUCUCGGACAAGCACGGCUUCUCCUUUCGGUUCCCACGGACCCGGCACCCCACCUGCAUGACGAUUUAUUUGUAUCUGGGAAAAUAUUCUCUCUAGUUUAAAACGAGUUUAAAAGAGUCGACUAUACAAAAACCGACCGCCACCGCGACAACAAGAUGACAAAAGCAAAACAGACAAAAAGAGAAAAAAAAAUAAAGCUGCCAUCUCCGUUCGGAAUUUGUUUAAAAAAAAGAAAAAGAACUCCUUGAGAGGGAAAUAGCAAAUGUUUCUCGCCUUUUGUUGCUCGCUCUCUCUUUUUUCCUCUCUCGCUCUCUUUCUUUCUCUGUUUUAAAGUCCAAGUAUUGGUCAAACAAGAUGCAAUCUUCUGUUUUUUGUUCAGCAGACAAUCAUUUUCUUCGUAAGCACCUUUUUCUCUCUACUCUGUCACUGCCUGUGUGGGUACUGGUUAUAAAUGUGGAAAAAGAAUAGUUAUGACUGUAACAGAUUUUUAUUUUUAUUUCAAAAUUUUAUAUGAAUUAUGUAUAUCUUAAUGAUCGGUCAUUUUCCCAGUUUGUAAUAUAUGUGUAGAAAUUGCCUGUAUAUGAUAUUGCUUUUUCUCCUCUUCCUUUUUCAUUCUCUGUCCUCCCUUCCUCCGCCCUCCCUGCUCACCUGUCUCUUUCCUUUUUGGGGUUCCCCUCCCACUCGAUGUUCCUGGCGUCGACUUGGCAGUCAAGGCGUGGCAUGGCGGGCUGGGUUAGGCAGAGGGACCCCCGUCGCUAGCAGAAGCGGAGAGUGAGACCGUAGUAUUCUUAUGCAAAAGCUAUUCCAAGUAUUUCUUAGCUGCUUCGGAGAUAUCUCUCACUCCCCGUAGGGCGCUUUUACUGUUAUCUUAACUGCGUGUUUAUCUAUAUGUAAAAACUUUCUAAAGCAAAUACAGUAUUCUCCUUUUUCUUA